CCAAACCUUUUUGCAUAUCACUUAUCCAAAGAAAAUUCCAUCCAACAUGACUGAAGAUGGUCUAGGAGAAGAUGAGAGCACACAGACUUACAUGAUUACAAUAAAAAAGAAGACGUACACAAUUCACCUGCAGCAACAAACAUUUUUGCCCAAUGACUUUUUGGUUUAUACAUACAACCAAGGAGGCUUUGUCCAUCCCAAUUCCCCACAUAUUCAGAGUGAGUGCUUCUAUCAAGGAUACAUACAAGGGUUCCCAAACUCUGUUGCAAUACUCAGCACCUGUUAUGGGCUCAGAGGGCUGUUGCAGUUUGAGAAUGUCAGCUAUGGAAUUGAGCAUUUGAAAUCCUCAGCUAAUUUUGAGCACCUGAUUUAUCAGAUAAACAACAAAAACCUACAGAGUCCACUUAGGAGAGAAGAUUUGCCAUCUACAGAAAGACAACUGGGGAGUGAGGGCAUGCCUUAUAAGCUGCUCUCAGAUACUGUGCCACUGUCAGAUGUCACUAAAGUACACAGAUACAUAGAAAUAUAUAUCGUUUUGGAUAAGGGUUUGUACAACUUUUUGGGUGGAAGCAGAGAAAUUGUAACCGACAGCAUAGCACAGCUUAUUGGUUUUGUCAACAGUAUAUUUUCUAGCCUUAACAUUACAGUUGUUCUAUCUUCUUUGGAGUUCUGGACGGACCAUAAUAAAAUCUCAACAUCAGGAGAGCCCGAUGUGUUACUACGAAAAUUUUUACGUUGGAAAAAUUCAUAUCUUGUUCUACGGCCUCAUGAUCUGGCACUUUUGUUAGUUUACAGGGAGAAACCUAAUUAUGUAGGUGCAGGAUUUAUGGGGAAGCUGUGCCUCCGGAAUUUUGAUGCAGGAGUUGCUCUGUAUCAGAAGUCCAUGACCAAAGAGCCAUUCUCCGUCAUUCUGGCCCAAUUGCUGGGUCUUAACUUGGGGAUGGAAUAUGACAACGGCAAAGAGUGCAAGUGCCCAGGAGGCUUCGUCUGCAUCAUGAACACAGAAGCAGUACUUUCAAGUGGAAUUAAAGCUUUUAGCAGCUGCAGUAUUAAAGACUUCCAAAAUUUCAUUAAAUUCAAGGGAGCCCACUGCCUCUCUAAUCGACCUAAUUUAAAAUUGUUUUACAAGAAGCGAAGUGCCAGAAGCAAAGCGCUUUGUGGGAAUGGUGUUCUGGAAGCUGGAGAGAAGUGUGACUGCGGCUCUGAAGAGGAAUGUAAGUACAGUAAAUGCUGUACUAGCUCAUGUACGUUUCUUCGUGGAGCAGUAUGCAGCAAUGAAUUGUGCUGUGAAAAUUGUCAGUUUAAGCCAAGAAACACAAUCUGUAGAGCAGCUGUGGACAGUGUCUGCGAUUUCCCUGAGUACUGCAAUGGCAGUUCGGCGUCCUGCCCAAGCAAUGUUUAUGCCCAGAAUGGCUAUAGCUGUGCCUCUAAUGCUGGCUACUGUUAUGGUGGAUCCUGUCAGGCGGCUGAUCUACAAUGUCAGGAUCUUUUUGGUGAAAAGUCAAAAAGUGCUCCUCAAGCAUGUUAUGAAGAAAUUAAUGGUCAGACAGAUAGAUUUGGACACUGUGGGAUUGACAUACGAAAGGGAUUUAAGACUUGUUCUUUUCGGGAUAUCAGAUGUGGAAAGUUAAUUUGCGUCUAUCCAACCAGAAAACCUUAUGUUGACAUGAACAUUCCAAUUCUGUACACUCCAUUCCAAGAUACCCUUUGUAUAUCUCUGGACCUUCAACAACCAGAGGGCUUUCCAGACCCAAUGCUGGUGAAAGAUGGUACAAAAUGUGGAACUAAAAAGGUCUGUAUCAAACAAGUAUGUGAAAAGUAUGGCGUCCUGAAAUAUGAUUGUGAUCCUACAAAAAAGUGCUUUGGGCAUGGAAUUUGCAACAACAAAAGAAACUGCCACUGUGAUCCAGGAUGGGCACCUCCAAAUUGCAAGGAAAAAGGAGGCCCCCUCGGAGGAAGCAUUGACAGUGGGCUUCGUAUGCUGGCUUCUGAUAUUACAGAAAGAGUCAUAGAAGACAACAUGAGGACGUGGGUGCUCCUGAGCAUAUUUCUCUUUCUGCCCAUUGUGGUUGGGUCAGCCGUCCUGAUUGUCAAAUGGGCACGAAUCAGCAAGUACUGCAUAGAUGACAGCGAGUCCCUAGGUGAUUCUGAAUCUUAUACUAGAUCCGAUGAAUAUAGCAUGUCAGACAAAACAAGCUUGAGCAACCAAGAAGACACAAUGUGACCAGACCUGGGCCAGGCUCCUGCUGUUUAUAUGACUUGUAGCUGCCUAAUAAAUUAUUGCUUGCUUAUACAGUACAGGUGAAAAGUAUUCUGUGAAUGGUUCUCCAGGUCCUUCUUUGCAUUUGUAUACAGAAUGCAGGAGCUGCAUUAUGGGUUGGCAUCAGUAGGCACAUGCUGUGGCCUACACCCCAAUAGGGGCUUACUGCUUGUUCCAAGAGCCUCUUUGCCUUCCUCCAUGCUUUUGCUGCCUCUUCACCUGCCAUCCCCAAGCAACGAAAACCAGCAGUGAGCUAAUCUCUCUUUGAGGGAAUAGAUGCCAAUUCUGCCAGAGAUUUCUGCUAGAGGGAGCCAGGGCCGGUGUGUCCAUUCAGGAGACCUAGGCAG